AUGAGUGGCCAGACGUUUGUGGGCGAUGCAGAUGCCUCCAAAGUUCGGGAAGCCAUGGCUGCAGUGUCGAACGACCCUCCUGCAACGCUCACCAACGCCAAGGAGUUGCAUAACAAGAGCUACAAGGUUCACAAACAGUUUGUGGAGUCUGAAGCCGGGAAGUAUUCCGUCCUUGACCGGCUUAAGCUUUAUGAUUCUCUUGUGGCAUGGCAGAAGUUCGUCAAAGCUUUGCCAGUGCAGUGGCAGGAAUCCUUUUGGCACGCCUACAUUGCAGUGGAGUGGACUGCGACAGUCCCAUUCGACAAGGGUGUCAAGGACCUGCCGGGUGUCAAUUUCAAGUUGCCAAUGAUGAGGGCAGCAGGCGUUCGAUAUGCCACGGAGAGUGAGAUGGACAGCUUGCGGAAAGCUUUGACUAGGCCCCUGUCACCGCCGCCUGACCGUCUGGACUUGGAGGCUUUGCUGCGGAAGUUGGGCCUUCAGAAGUAUGCGCCGAUUUUUGCAGCAGAGGAGAUCGACACUGUUAGCUGUCUUAGGUUGCUGACCGAAGACGACUUUGUUCAGAUGCAAAUCCCUCGCGGGCCGCGUCGCAAAUUACAAGACGCUUUGCACCGAGCGUGA